GCGCCCGCCCGCCCGAGCCCCGCCUGCUGCCAGCGCAAGAGGAGGGGGCUGCCCGGGCGAGCGCGUUGGCCCGCACCAGGGAGGCAGGCGGACUGGUGGACUUCGAGCAGGGGCGGUUCCCGGCCCCUUACGACUAGUCCUCUUGCCUUCCUCCUUCGCAGGACGACGGCAUUCGGCGCGAUGGACCUGGCGGGGCUCCUACUGGAUGAAGAAGGCACCUUCUCUCUCUCCGGCUUCCAGGACUUCACGUUCCUCCCGGGACACCAGAAGCUGAGCGCGCGGCUCCGAAAGAGACUCUACUAUGGCUGGGACUGGGAGGCCGACUGUAGCCUAGAGGAGCUCUCCAGCCCUGUGGCAGACAUUGCUGUGGAACUGCUACAGAAGGCAGCCCCCAGCCCUAUUCACCGACUUCAGAAGAAAUACGUAGCUCAUGUGUCGCGGGAGGCAUGCAUCUCCCCUUGUGCAAUGAUGCUAGCUCUGGUGUACAUUGAGCGGCUCCGGCAUCGAAACCCAGACUAUCUACAGCAUGUGUCAUCCUCUGACUUGUUCCUGAUCUCCAUGAUGGUGGCCAGUAAGUACCUCUAUGAUGAAGGGGAGGAGGAGGAGGUCUUUAAUGACGAGUGGGGAGCUGCUGGGGGUGUGGCUGUGCCCACUCUCAAUGCCCUGGAGAGGGGUUUCCUGAGUGCCAUGGACUGGCAUCUCUACACUGACCCUCGGGAGAUCUUUGAGGUGCUGAGCUGGCUGGAGAGCUGUGUGGCUGAGCAGCAGGGGCGGCGGCGGGGCUGGUACACCUACACAGACCUGUGUGUUCUGCUGGAGCAGCCAGCCUGGCAGCUGGCCCUGGGCUCCCUCUGUCAGCAGCUGGCAAAGCUAUCCUGCUUGUUAGCCAUGGCAUAUGUGAGCAGUGUGGCCCUGGCUGUGGCAUCAGUGGCUGUGAUCCACCAGUCCUUGGGGCUGUCUUGCAGCCCUCCACCUGGUCCCCCUGACCUUAGACUGGCCUCCAGGUGCCUCUUGGAGUCCUGCAUACCUUCUCCUGUGCCACAGUGCCUGCCGUCUCCUGCUAACAUCUCCAGCUGCCUGGAAGGGGACAUAGGGCUGCGUUCGCUCUGGGGAAGUCUUCUGGCCUCCCUGACUGCCCCACCAUUGCCUUCCCCAGACCCUCCUGCCCUUCCCACUCUUCUCCACAAAUGCCCCCUUUGCCAGAAGCUUCAGAGAGACUCCCCAACCUGCCGUGCCUGCCACCACACCAACCAUACGGUCUCUACUGGGCCUCCCAGCACCUGGUACCACACCCAUGGCCUGGCUCCCCCCUGGUCUUGGAGCCUGAUGCCCCCUCUACUCCCCCAGCCCCAGCAAUGUUCCCUUUUCAGUGUCAUGGAGCUGGCCCGCCUCAAGUCUUUCAUUUUCCCAGGCUAGGGAAGGCUCUGAGGAAUGCAUUAAGAGGACUUGGGAGUCCUUGAGAACCUGGAGGAGCCGAGCUUGGUUUAGAUCCUGUCUACCUCUCUGGGUCCUUGGCUGGUCCCCUGUUCUCCAGUGCUGGACUGAAGGGGUUGUGGGGCAGACAACAGAAGGCCACUCACUCUCCCAGACCUCAGUGGCUGGCUGCUUGCCUGGGGCAGUGAUACUGCCUGGGAAAGGUUCAGCUCACUGACUGGGCUGUGUCACAGAUCAACAGAAGAGAAGCCCCUGACUCUCCACCUCCCUGGGGCUCUUCUAGACUUGUUUUUGGGUUCUCUAGGGUGGGAGGGUGGGAGAUGGGGUAGGUGGGGUGAGGGAAGGAGGAACAGGUUAACCUAGGUCUGUGUGAUGUCUCUGCGGCAUGAUAGCCAGGGACUAAUAGGGCCGAGGUGGGUGCUGUUGAGGGAAGGCUGGGUGAUGUGGGAAAUCCUCUACACGCCCGUCUCUUAGGUGCAGUCUAAUGGAGUCAGGGAAUGGGACCUUCAACCUUGACCUUUUGUCUUCCACCUUCUCUUACUGCCCUGCUCCUACGCUUCCCUCUUCUGGUUCUUCUUCUGGUGUUCUCUUCACAGGCCUCUCUGGCCACUGCUUUGUAUCUGGGUUUUUCACGCUUUUGUAGAACUGAGGUUUCAAUAAACAGUUUCAAUUGCA